AUGGUCCUGAAGGAGAUACCAAGUAAGGCGUCAUCAGAAGGGAAGCCCCUCCUCACAGUGACUACCAAGCUGGUGAGUGAGCAACAAGAGAGCCGCCCGCUUCUUAGCCCUUCCAUCGACGAUUUCCUCUGCGAGACCAAGUGUGAUGGGCUUUCCCGCCCAGUGACUUCCAACACAGCCGUUCUGUCUUCAACACUGGACCUGCUGGAUCUCAGUGAACCUGGCGACAGGAGGAACAGCAAGGACAGGAAGAGUCCCCUGUCAUCCCGGGGCAACGGCCAGAAGAACAACACUCACAAGAAGAAGACGGAUGAGACGGAGCUGAUCCAGGUGGAAGUUGAACAGACAGGACCGAGCAUGAGAACCCCAGAGAGGGCAUCACUAGACUCAGUUACCAUUGGUUCACCGUUGGAUAAAUGGGAAGAGCUGAACCCCAAUCCUGAAAGGAAUGGCAACAGAAAAUGGAAGUUGGAGAGACGGCGCUCUUCUAAAAAUUCCUCCAAUGAGUUUCUGUGGUAGGUUGUCCUAAAACAAAUUUCACCCCAGGGAUCAAUAAAGUAUUUCAACAGGCAGAACCAUAUUAAACAACUCCACGCCUCUCAAUUUACAUCCAGUGCCAUUGCAGGGAAUAUUGCUCGCCUAAGCAAGGAGCAGCGAUGGGGCAGCGCCCUCCUGUCCAGACAUCAGUCCCUGGAGGAGGAGUUUGAGCGAGCCAAGGCUGCUGUUGAGUCAGAUACCGAGUUCUGGGAUAAGAUGCAAGCAGAGUGGGAAGAGCUUGCUCGGCGGAACUGGCUGACGGAAAAUGAGCAAGCGCAGAUUCCCUCCAGUGUCUCUCCACAUGAGAAGGGUUACUACUUCCACACAGAUAAUCCUUAUAAGGACUUGCCUAACGCAUAUGAAGAGGGACUAAAGAAGUCUCGAGAGGGAGACUUGCCAAACGCUGUGCUUUUGCUGGAAGCAGCUGUCUUGCAGGACCCUCAUGAUUCAGAGGCUUGGCAAGUAUUGGGGACCACCCAGGCUGAAAAUGAGAAUGAGCAGGCUGCGAUUGUCUCCCUCCAGAGGUGUUUGGAGCUCCACCCAAAUAACCUCCCAGCCCUCAUGGCUCUGGCAGUGAGCCUGACCAACACUGGUAUGCGCAAUGAUGCCUGUGAAGCCCUGCUCCGCUGGGUGCGACACAAUCCAAAGUACAAGCACCUGCUGAAGGGCAAGACCCACCUGAUGGGAUCCCCAAACUCCCAACGCAGGAUCUGUGUGUGUGUGUGUGUCCACAGCUCCCUGCAACCUGAGGUCAAGGAGCUCUUCCUGGAAGCAGUUCAGCACAACUCUGACAGCAUCGACCCGGAUUUGCAGACGGGCCUUGGGGUGCUUUACAACCUCAGUGGAGAGUUCAACAAAGCUGUGGAGGCCUUUAAUACGGCCCUGUCAGUGCGGCCCGAGGACUACUUGCUGUGGAAUCGCCUGGGGGCCACACUGGCAAACGGGGACCGGAGUGAGGAGGCGGUGGAGGCUUACACACGAGCCCUAGAGCUGCAGCCGGGGUUUAUCAGGUCCCGCUACAACCUCGGCAUCAGCUGUAUUAACCUGGGGGCACACAGGGAGGCAGCCAGUAACUUCCUGACUGCCUUAAGCCUUCAGAGGAAAAGUCGGAGUCGUCAGCAGUCCCACCAGGUGAUGUCUGGAAACAUCUGGGCUGCUCUGAGGAUAGCUUUAUCCAUGAUGGACCAGCCUGAACUCUUCCAGGCUGCAAACAUUGGUGAUCUGGAUCUUCUCAUGCGGGCCUUCAACCUAGACAUUUAAGGAAAGGGAUGUAGUGACAAUAGCAUCACUCCCUUCACUUACUCUUCGAUUUCUACCCAACAGCCAAAUCCCCAAAGUGCACACAUCAGAAUGGGUUGGAUCUGAUGUUAGAGACAAUUGUGUGGUUUUUAUGCACGUCAAAAUUAACUACAGUCGUCAAAGUUGUUAUAUUUUUCGCCCAAGUACCUUGGAGCAGUUCAGAGGACAGGUUCUUCCAAGUGCUUGAAGUGACUGCUUUGUGAUGGAUUUGCACUGCAAUUUGUGAUUUCCCUAAAGAGCACAAGGACGGGCAAAGAUUG